UCGUGGUCGAGUGUUGCAGAUCAUCCGGCUCAAAUGAGGACGCUCGUGAGGAGGAGGAGAGGAGGUGACUCCCUCUGAAGUACAGCGGAUACAUCCAGAGGUCCUCAGUGAGGAGAAGAGGAGGAACCAUGGCUGAAUUCAGAGGGAUUAAAGCCUCUUUCUUCCUGAUUCUGAUGCUUCAGUUUACAGAAGCAGCAACAAGACAACGUCUCACUGUCAGAGAUGGAGAUGAAGUCACUUUGCCUUGUAACAGUGUGACUGAGGACCAGAACAACUGUGACUCUACUGUGUGGCUCUUCACUUAUUCAAGAAGCACACAUGCAGUAGUUCUGGUUAGAAACGGGCAGAUUGAUGAAGCCAAAGCUGAAUCAGACAGACUGAGUGUUUCACAGAACUGUUCUCUGGUUAUGAAGAAGGUCACACGUGGAGAUGUUGGUCUUUAUGUCUGCAGACAGGUCAGACCAGGAGGACAAUAUAAAGAUGCUGAGGUUCAUCUGUCUGUUGUUUCCAUGACUGAAGAGACGAACAGAGACGAGGUGACGUUAAGAUGCUCUGUGUGGACGUAUGAAGGAUGUAAACACACAGUGAAGUGGAUGAAUGGUGGUCAAGAUGUGGACAAAGACAAAGAAGUGAAGACAUCACUGUCUCUCUGCUCCGCCUCUCUGUCCUUUAAGACUUCUCACUUCUUUUACACAUCAAGCUUCACUUCAUUGAAGUGUGAAGUGACCGAUGGAGACAAAGUGAUGCAGUUUUCUCCCUCAGGUGAUAAAACAGGUGAAGACACAACAACAACUUCAGCAAUCAGAGAAGCUUCAGCAGAACCACAAAGCGGGUGGAGGCUCGUCUCUGUGUCCGUUGGAUUAGCAGCACUCAUAAUAAUAGUUGUAGUCGUCAACAUGUGGAUUAGAAUCAAAGAGAGGAAAACACAGACGGAAGAAAACGCUGUGCGUUAUGAUGCAGAAGAUGACACAGUGAACUAUGAAAACAUGAGACCUGCUGCUGGAGUUUGAGCAACACGUCUGCAGAUCAGAUUCAUUCAGCAUUCACAUGUUUGUUGGGAUGUGUUUGUGUUUCAGUAACUUGUCUUUAUAACAUGUGAUAACAAUAAAUAAAGACAGCGUCAUGCUACA